AUGCAGAACUUGGUAGCUGUAUCACUGACGAUUUCAGGCAAUGUGUACGAGAAGCGCCUCAUCGAAGCCUUCAUUAGCGAGAAUGGCACCGAGCCAACUACCGGAGCAGCUCUCACGACAGAGGACCUUUUGGAAAUCAAGACCCAGCCAAACGUUACUCCUCGUCCUCCACAAAUGACAUCCGUGCCUGCCAUGCUUUCCAUGUUCCAGAACGAGUGGGACUCAAUGGCUCUACAAGUCUACAAACUCCAACAAGAUUUGAAGGAAGCCCGCCGAGAGCUGAGUGUGGCAAUGUAUCAACAGGAUGCUGCCCGAAGAGUGAUUGCGAAGAUUGCUGCUGAGAGAGAUGAAGCGAGAGCUGCAUUGUCGAAAGUCAGCGUCGGUCGUGGAGCUCCAAGUGGUGAUGCUAUGGAAGUAGAUAACGCGCCAUUGCCAGAAACCAUCCUUGGAAAGAUUGACAGCGAGCAACAACGCCUGUCCAAGACUCGACGAAAGCGUCCAGUGCCUGAAGACUGGGCGACUGCCGAUUCAAUUUCUGCUUAUGUACCAGUGACCUCCUCCGAACCUAUGUGCACUGGAGGCACCGUGCUCGCCGUUCACGAGUCUGGGGAUCUGGCCAUUGUUGCUGGACACGACACCAACGCUACCGUGUUUUCCUUGUCACAGAACAGACCGUUGCAACUGCUCAACGGCGGAUCAGGAAAGGUUACCAGCGGUGUUUGGGCACAGGAUAAUGCAGUCAUCGCCACCUCGACUGGUGUUGUAAAGGUCUUCGAGGCCGAGAAAGAGGUGGCUUCAUUUUCGACCCAUGGGGGCUCCGUCAAUGGGAUAGCUCUACAUGCCAGCGGCAGUAUUCUUGCAUCAGUUGGUGACGACAAGACCUACACUCUGUAUGACCUCGAGGGAAACCAGAAACUCACACAAAUCCAAAGUGAUUCAGCCUUGACAUGCGUGCAAUUCCAUCCCGACGGUCAUCUCUUGGCCGCAGGUGCAGUCGAUGGUCAAAUCAAAAUUUUUGACGUCAAAACCGGCAGCUCAGCAGCAACAUUUGAUCUGAGAUCUCCCAUAAAAUGUGUCUUCUUCUCGGAGAACGGCACCUGGCUAGCAGGUGUUACGGAAGGCUCUUCGUCCAUCUCCAUCUGGGACUUGAGAAAGGGGGCGGAGAUCAAGAGCAUCGAGACUGGCGGUCCUAUCGAGUCGAUCAGCUGGGAUUACACUGGCCAAUUUCUGGCCUCCGUGGGGGCUAGAGGUAUCACAGUUGAGCAAUAUUCCAAGGCCUCGAAAGAAUGGUCUGAAGUUUUUAAAUCGGCCACACCUGGAGAAAAGAUCGCGUGGGGCAAGAAUGCUCAGCAGCUGUUGCAUCUCUCUGAUCAAGGUGUUCUGACGGCUUUCGGCACAGGGAAGCAAGAAUGA